AGCUCUACCCCAAACCGUUGUCGUUUUUCAUGUUAUGCUUGCUUCUCCUACAUCAGUCUUCUUCUUUUUCUUCCAUCAUCAUCGUGCUAGGGUUGGCAGAGUGCCAGUUUCGCCUUUCCUCUUUUCAUUCGUUCAUGUAACCCGCGCAAUCAACUUAAUCACGUGACAAUUCACCAAAUCCGUCACGCGCCUUCAACUAAUUGGGGAAAAAUAGUUCGAGCUUUUGAGAUUGAAACACUUGAAAGAUGCAAAAAUUGGGAGAAUUCAAACUACCUAAUUUCUUCAAUUACCCACCUUACUUCACUUUGCAGCCAGUAAGGGACACUAGAGAGAAACAAAUACAGUUAUGGAAAGAGCUUAUUAUAGAUUACUGUAAAACACAGAAGGUUUUUGUGAUUGCAAUUGAAGAUGAAUUUCCACUUUUUACUAAUACUGUAAUUGAAAGGUCUCUUACUCAUGAAGCUAGAGAAGCGUUCCUUUCAGCCUUAGUUUCUGAGGGACGAGCUGAAUGGAUGGAUAAAGGACAUAGGAAAUGUCUUAUUUUAUGGCAUCGGAUUCAAGAUUGGGCUGACAUUUUACUACAGUUUGCAAAAGAUAAUGGACUGGAAGAUGGUGUGGUGACAAUUGAGGAAAUACGCUUUGGAACUGAAUCUCAAGGAACAGAACUUCAAGGGAUAGACAGAACUAUUUUGAAUCGUGCAUUGAAACUAUUAGAACAGAAGGGGAAGCUUGUGGUCUUUAAAGGAACUUCAACAGAUGAUGAAGGAAUUAAGUUUUCUGUAUAAUUGUUUGUUUUGUGUUAGUCUGUUGAAUCUUAAUGAAUUUCAAAUGACUUCUUUGAAAGGUCUUGUCCUGCCUUAUAUGACUUGGCGAGUAUGUCAUCGGAAAAGAUAUCUAAGAUCAAGCUGCCAUCACCUGCUAGCAUCUAAUAUUUUGGAAUGUUGACAGUGUUAAGAGUUUAGCUUUGUCAUGUAAUCUUGGUUAGUCUAGUGAAACUGCAUUCCGUGUGACAUAAUGAAAUUCGUAAAUGGGAGUCUGGGUCCCAAAAGCUUUUGUUAUUGUAGACAUUGGUAUUAUCAAAUUAAUAAUACAUAUGUGAUCUGCUUCAUUUUA